UUACGCGUUUGUUGACAAAAAGUUACCGAAUAUGGCGAACGGACGAACACAAGGAAAUGUGGGUCAGAAUGCGUUUUAUUUCUGUCCAAAGCAGGACGGUAUGUUAGUCUGCUGAUCGAGGGAAAUAUUGAUAGAUAAUUGACUUCACUAGGAAGGGAUUGUGUUCAUUGAGGUGCUGGGUGGCUUGACCAUGAGUCAGCCAAUAUUCCCACAUUACAGUGGCUAACUAUCGGUCAGUGAAAAUGUCGCAAUGUGAAAGGCUCGCCCAUCCCUCGUCACUUCCUCUCUUGGUAUCCACCACCGGUAACCCACCAGGACAGAGUACCAAUGAGCCGGACAAUGGAUUGGUUGCAACCAGUUGCCCCGCCCUGUCGGAAAGGCUUAACUCUGAGCGCUGCGCCGAAGGCAGCGGCGGCGGUGGCGUACGAGAGAAGAGGAAUAUCCCUACAGCGCUUGAUCUCCCAUGCGAGCAGACACGCCCUCCACCGUUGGCCGAGCCCAGACCACACCCAUCCAAGUCGAGACUGGGACGCAUACAUCAUAACAGUGAUGGUUACGGACAAGGCGACGGUCAUGAUCACAUGAUGUGGGGCGAUGGAAGACACAGGACUUUUUCCAGAACUCAACUGGAUGACUUUCGACCACUCAGUCCAGGGUCGUCGGCUGUUGCCAUGAAGACGUUACUUUCAAGAGUCGCCAAACUGGAUGAUUUUGUAACGGAGAAGAUCGGAAGUGGUUUCUUCUCUGAUGUGUUUAAGGUGCAGAGUAAAGCAACAGGAGAGAUUAUGGUGUUGAAGAUGAACAACGGGGAAUCCUGCAUGGCUAGCGUCAUCCAAGAAAUACAACUUCUUAAGAAACUUCAACAUCCAAAUAUCAUCAAGCUUCUUGGGGUAUGUGCUCACGAGUCUAACAUACAUGCUCUAAUUGAGUACAUGAAUGGCGGUGACCUGAGCAAGACCUUACUGGACAUGCAUAUCUACCUGUCAUGGCCAACUCGUAUAAGAAUAGCUAAAGACAUUGCAUCCGGAAUGAGCUAUCUACACAUGCACUGUAUAAUCCAUCGAGAUCUAACAUCUAUGAAUUGCCUGAUUAGGAAGAAUAGCAAUGGCAUGUUGCACGCUGUGGUGGCUGACCUCGGUCUCGCUGCCAGAAUACCCAGAGACAAGUCGGAGCAACUUGCAACAGUUGGGACUCCAUUUUGGGUAUCACCAGAGAAUCUUAGAGGAGACUUCUACACAGAGAAAACGGAUUUAUUCUCCUUUGGGAUAAUCUUGUGUGAGAUCAUAGCAAGAGUAACAGCCAAUCCAGAUGAGCUGCCAAGAUUAGGGGAUUUUGGACUAGACAAGGAAGCAUUCCGUAUGAUGACCGGUGAAUGCCCAGAGCAACUUCUUCUUGUAGCUUUCAGCUGUUGUGAAAUGGUGCCGAGUAAGCGACCUGCUUUCACGGAAGUUGUCCUCAGUAUCCGAAACAUAGAGUCGGACUUUGAGAGAAUGCAUAGAAGACCGCCGUCUUUGUCAGGACGUAUGAGAUCUCAAUCAACAGCAAGCCGCAGCGUGGAGCGACAGCCAGUUUCCAAGAAGCCCCUGGUGCGUUCCCCCCGCAACUCUGUCAUCCGCAGCAACUCUGACUCGGGUUCACGUCCUGGUAAGAUUGUGUCCAAGAAAUGGGUCAAUCCCUUCGACACGCCCCACCUGAAGAACGGCCAGACGAAGCUGACGCAGCAAACCGAGAAAGCUCUGUUUCAGCUACCUCCUGAGAUUGUGGAAUCUCUUCAGGCGAUGUGCAUCGAAGACGAAGAGGAAGAAGCUGCUGAGAAGGAGAAGCACAGCCACAUGAGACAGAGGUCUCAGUCGCUUCCAAACUCUCCCGUCGUCCAUCGCUGGAAUCUCAAAGUGGAUGAGAACACAAACUUAAUUGAAUGUCCCGAGGGGGACGAUGUGGAUGCAAUGACUAUGGACGGUCGCAGGAAUACCAUGUCGCCAGGAUUCGCUCCACCACCUACAUGGGGGCAGGAGUACCGCACUAGUAGAGCUAGGAGUAAAACUACAUCAGUUGUGUUGUAAGUGGGGAGGGAAAACUGCUCAAUUUCUGUCCAUCACCUGUGCCAAAUACUUAUUUCCUUGUAGAUCAUCUCUCCCGAAAAAAUGGAAGUUAUCUUGGGUUCUGAUAUGAUUUGUCGAACUUGAGUUUUUCUUAUUUUGAACAGUUAUAAAAUUGUGCAUGAAAUUGGCUUCAAUAAAACAUGCUACUAAAGUUAUCUUAAGACAAAGAUUAGGUAUAGUAUUUAAUAUGAUGCCAUUAACAAAAACUAGCUGAUUUUUCUGCAAAGCCUUAGAAGAAUAGGAGUUUUUACAUCGAGAGUCGUAUUAAGGAUGUAAUACCACAAACUCUUGUUGGUUGCAGGGAAGUGUUAAAACAAUUGUGCUUCCCUUUGGGGAAUUGGGGAAAAUGUUUUCCUCUUCUGUCGGCGAUAAAUUCAAAGCAUUUCAAGAGAUUAAUGUUGAAAUUUUUCUUCAGAGAUUCAGAACUUCACCAUGGAAUGAAAGAAUGAAACCAACGUGCUUGGUCAUCAAACAUUGCACAUGAAUAUUCAGUAUAUGCAAAAUAGUCCUGAUUAUGAUUGGUUGAAAAUAAUGACAUGGGUGACAUUAUACUUUCUUUGUCCAAUCAAAAUGUCUUUUCUUACUUUGUGAGGGACAGAUACAGAACAUUCUUCAACAUUUGUUAUUCAAGAACCUUUUCAGUGUGAAAUGAAGUUUAAAGAAUAUAACAUUUUUAGAAAAAAACAAUCUAAAAGCCAUUAAAAAAAAAAACUAAUGAUGAUCUUUUCAAAGACUUUGCUAAUGCAAUUGUAAUAUACUAGUUGUAAGGAACUAGAAUCAUUUGAAUGUUUUAUUUUCAUUGGUAUGCCAUGUACAUGUUUUUUCCAUCUCUCAAGUCUUAUUUGAAAUUUAUAUGUUGUACAUUAUUUAAACAAAAGUUUGAUGCAUAUGGAUGCAUUGUCACAGAAAAUAAUCAUGAUCCAUUUUGGAGGCAGUGCCAAGUGAAAUGGAAUAGCAAAAUUUCACUGAAAUACGUUAACAAAAUGCACUCAAUAAUAACUCACACAACACCUUGUCAUUUAAACAAACGUCACCAAAAAACCUAAAAUAGACACUGAAAUGCAUCCGCCUCACACUCUGAAAUUUGGUUAAAAAAAAUUCCAAAUAGCAAGGACAAUUCGAUGUAGACACCAGCUUUGUCUGCGGUGACACAAUCUUGCCGUGUUUGGAUAAAUUGGACAGGCCCCCGUCCAAUAUGGAUAGUUAUUGGACACUUUACAGUGUCAUUUCUUAACUCAAUUAUUGGACGUUGUAAAGUGUCCAUUAAUUAUCCAUAUUGGAUGGGUGCUGGUCCAAUAUUAAAGAAUGUCAUGGCAGUAAACACAUCAGUGAAAUUGGGCUCUGAUUUCUCAAGAUUCAUGUCAGAACUUUAUCAGGAAAUUUCUUUGUAGGAAAUUUUACUCUAGAACUGUUUGCAUAUAAAUUGUUUGUACUCGCUUAAUGACCUUACACAUGUUUGUUCACAGUCUAGAUUUGUUUUUGUUAAGUCCUGAAACUGUUUAAAAUAACUACAGAAAUAGUGUAGCUAUUAUUAUUGUUAUGUUCACUUGUUAUAAAUAUGUUAUUUUGCAAUACUAAGUUGAAUUUUGUUGUGGUGUGUUUCUAUAUGAUUAAAAUCUAAUGACGGUAUUUUAUGCUAUUUAUGUUACACGGUUACAAAAUAUAUUUGCAUGAUUUUCAUUGUUUAAAAACUACUUACUUUAAAAAAGAAAAAAACAAGUAAGAGCUUGUGUUUCUAUCGUAAAAUGCAAGUAGAUUUUUUUCACAGAUGGAACUAUAAGUAGAAGGGUUGAUCUAUAUAAUAUGCAAUUAAUGACUAUUUUGUGGCUUAAAGGCAGUGGACACUAUUGGUAAUUGUCAAAGACUAGCCUUCGCAGUUGGUGUAUCUCAACAUAUGCAU